ACACCGUCACUCCACCAGGUCUGCUGCUAGGAGUCAACUCGCCUAUAACGCUGGCUGCAGGUCCACACGCAGGACAGGCAGGCGGCUCUGAGGCCAUGGAGCCUGGUGGUGGUGAGGCGCGCUUUGGCCUGGGGCUGCCACCGGGGUUGCUGCUGCUGCUGCUGUUGCUGAGUCGGGGGCUGCGUGUAGUGGCGGCGGCCUCCUCCUCUGGGGCGGCUGAGGACAGCAGCGCUAUGGAGGAGCUCGCCACUGAGAAGGAAGCGGAGGAGAGCCACAGGCAAGACAGCGUGAGCCUGCUCACUUUCAUCCUGCUGCUCACGCUCACCAUCCUCACCAUCUGGCUCUUCAAGCACCGCCGGGUGCGCUUCCUGCACGAGACCGGGCUGGCUAUGAUCUAUGGGCUCAUCGUCGGGGUGAUUCUGAGGUAUGGCACCCCUUCCACCAGUGGCCAUGACAAGUCACUCAGCUGCACUCAGGAAGACAGGGCCUUCAGCACAUUAUUAGUCAAUGUCAGUGGAAAGUUCUUUGAAUACACCUUGAAAGGAGAAAUCAGCCCUGGCAAGAUCAACAGUGUAGAGCAGAAUGACAUGCUGAGGAAGGUAACGUUUGAUCCAGAGGUCUUUUUCAACAUUUUGCUGCCUCCAAUUAUUUUCCAUGCUGGAUAUAGUUUAAAGAAGAGACACUUUUUCAGAAAUCUUGGGUCUAUUCUGGCUUAUGCCUUUUUGGGGACUGCUGUUUCCUGCUUCAUUAUCGGAAAUCUCAUGUAUGGUGUGGUGAAGCUCAUGAAGAUAGUGGGACAGCUUUCAGAUAAAUAUUACUACACGGAUUGUCUCUUUUUUGGAGCAAUUAUCUCUGCCACUGACCCAGUGACUGUACUGGCGAUAUUUAAUGAGUUACACGCAGAUGUGGACCUUUAUGCACUUCUGUUUGGAGAAAGUGUCCUAAAUGAUGCUGUUGCCAUUGUGCUAUCCUCGUCUAUUGUUGCCUACCAGCCAGCAGGGCUGAACACUCAUGCAUUUGAUGCUGCUGCAUUUUUCAAGUCAGUUGGCAUUUUUCUAGGAAUAUUUAGUGGCUCUUUUACUAUGGGAGCUGUGACUGGUGUUAUGAGUUCCUUGACAGGGGCUGACGUGACCAAGUUUACGAAGCUACACUGCUUCCCGCUGCUGGAGACGGCACUCUUCUUCCUGAUGUCCUGGAGCACGUUCCUCUUGGCAGAAGCCUGUGGGUUUACAGGUGUUGUAGCUGUCCUUUUCUGUGGAAUCACACAAGCUCAUUAUACCUACAACAAUCUGUCGGUGGAAUCAAGAGGUCGAACGAAGCAGCUCUUUGAGGUGCUGCACUUCCUGGCAGAGAACUUCAUCUUCUCCUACAUGGGCCUGGCACUAUUUACCUUCCAGAAGCACGUUUUCAGCCCAAUCUUCAUCAUUGGAGCUUUUGUUGCCAUCUUCCUGGGCAGAGCUGCACAUAUCUACCCGCUCUCCUUCUUCCUCAACUUGGGCAGAAGGCAUAAGAUUGGCUGGAAUUUUCAACAUAUGAUGAUGUUUUCAGGCCUCAGGGGAGCAAUGGCAUUUGCACUUGCCAUCCGAGACACAGCAUCCUAUGCUCGCCAGAUGAUGUUCACGACCACGCUCCUCAUUGUCUUCUUCACGGUCUGGAUUGUUGGUGGAGGCACAACACCCAUGUUGUCAUGGCUUAAUAUAAGAGUUGGCGUCGAGGAACCCUUCGAGGAGGACCAGAAUGAACACCGCUGGCAGUACUUCAGAGUUGGUGUUGACCCAGAUCAAGACCCACCACCCAACAAUGACAGCUUUCAAGUCUUACAAGGGGAUGGUCCAGAUUCCACUGGAGGAAACCGGACAAAGCAGGAGAGUGCAUGGCUAUUCAGGCUGUGGUACAGCUUUGACCACAAUUACUUGAAGCCCAUCCUCACACACAGUGGCCCCCCAUUAACCAACACUCUCCCAGCCUGGUGUGGCUUGCUAGCUCGAUGUCUGACCAGUCCCCAGGUAUAUGAUAACCAAGAGCCACUGAGAGAGGAAGACUCUGAUUUCAUCCUGACUGAGGGUGACCUCACCUUAACCUAUGGGGACAACGCAGUAACUGCCAAUGGUUCCUCAGGCUCCAUGAGCCUAGAGGGCAGUCGAAGAACAAAGAGCAGCUCUGAGGAGGUGCUGGAACAAGACCGAGACCUAGGAAUGGGAGACCAGAAGGUCUCAAGCCGGGGCACCCGUCUAGUCUUCCCCCUGGAGGAUAAUGCAUGACUUUUCCCCCAAACCCUGAAGCAAUGGGGUAGACCCUCUGGUGGUGUGGGGCUGGCUGCAUGCUCCAGUGUUGUUUGAGGUGGGACAGUGAUUGACUGGAACUAAUGCUUCUAUUUUUAUUGAGGUUUGAAGAUAUCUUAACAUUUAAAAUUUAACCCAAGAUACAGAUGGUGGGGCUCAAGUGUUUCUUGAAUCAACACAAAUGCAGACCUAUUCCCACUUUUUCACAUAGUAGUGUGCUGUUCAGAGUUAAACAAAAAACAAUCGCAUGCUUUACGGGUCUCUUAAUUCAUUCACCUGCAGUACCUGAACAAGGUGUGGUAGGUGCUGGCAAUCCCUCCCAGGAGAGGCUUCAUAUCCACACACAGCAGUGAGAGUCCAGCUGGAUGUAGAAACAUCAAGAGAGGGGAGAACAGGAUAGUAGAAAGAUUGUGAAGAAAGGCAAGUGAGAUUUGACCUCCAAUGAUUUAGGGGAAUCUGGUGUUAAAUGGGGCAGAAAACAUGAGAAGGCAAUUUGAGUGAAGGCUCUGGCAACAAGGGCUGUGUGAUACCCACUUCAUCUCAGGAUUCUUGACUUCUUUUGCUACCUGUGUUUCCUCUAGACUGAAGAUUGGAAAAUAUAUCCACCAACAUUUCAACAUGGGGGAAAGAAUUGUAAUUCCUUCUUUGGAAUUAUCCAUAAAGAAGAAGUUACUGAAAUGUUUAAAACCAAAGGCAAAAUAGUGUUAUACUAUUAUUUUGUAAUUAACCAGAAGGCAGGAGAAACUGUUUAGAAACUGAUGAUAAUAUCACUACAAAAAUCAGUCAAUUCUUCAGGGCUGCCAUAUGAGCUGACUGCUUGGAACAUGAUGAACGGGACUGAGAUAUCUACUGUGGGUUUGGAAGACAUCAAAAUUUGUGGAGUGCUUUGAUCUGGGGAAGAGGAGGCAGUAAGAAGCCUAAAGGCAAUAGAUUAGUAUUCAGAGGGAAGAAAUCUCACUGUGAAAAAUAAAUAAAUAUAAAGAAAAUGCAAAGUAGUAUUCUAAAGACUAGGUACAAUUCCAAACUUCAAGCUAAGAAAUGCAUGAGAUUUCAGUGGCCACCUGAAGAAUCAGAGGUGAACCAGUGGAAAGUUAAGCUUUCUUCAGCCCAGUAGAAGGUUCUGUCUACUCUAAGGUUAAGAAUCUGGAUUUCUUGACACUGCGUGCCAUGUAGAGAAAGGUAAUUUUCUUGGUAUUUGGGGAGGCUUGCACCAGUUUCAUGUAUGAGUGUGGUUCCAAAUUUAGGAUUUUAGUUUGGGUUCUUUUGUGGAUGAGAUAUUCUACCUGCUCACACCUGUAGUAAGUGAAAAUACCAAGAGAACUCUGGGAAACCAAGUUUGAGAUUCUCCCUGUGUCUCUGCACUUCAGUGCUAUUACAUUUGAAAACCCAAUCUCUAAAAAGUGCUUUCACUAAAUGUGGGCAUUUCUCUUACUACAGCAGACAAAGUGGUGGCCAGGUCUAGUGCUCCCAUCAUGAAUCAGCCAUUUAACCUUUUAACUAAUACUUUAAUGGUUAAUUUUAAAUAAGACGUUAUUUCACACUUUGUUUUUCGGUCGAUAGUUUGUGUAAGCCAAGAAAAUUUAUUAGUCAGGAAAUUUCUGUUAUUCAUUUUUAAGAGAAAUGACUUAUUGUGGUUCAAUAUAAUAGAACUGAAUAAUUUUUAUUCCCCUGUCUAUCUACACUAACAUUCAUUUUGAUUUGAUGGUCAUCCAUGGGCUUUGUAAGUUUGGGAAAAAAAGCUAAACAUGCCUAAUGCUAUGCUUCCCCCUCUAGAAGCAUUAUGCCUAUUCUGGAUGGUGAAAAGUAGGGUGCCAUGAGGCCCAGAAACUACCUAACUGAAGAUAUCUGCUGUCAAUCUGGCAUAAACAAGAUUAACACUGCUGUGUAAUGGUAUAUCCAACUAAACAAAGUUUCUCUCAGAGGAUAAUCCCAACUCAUUUUAUGAACAUAUUUGUGUUAGGUUGGGGUUGGGUGGGGUGGUUACAGUUCAGCAGAGUCAAAUGUUGCAGAGCAGAAGUUCCCAACAUUAGCUGCGCAUUAGGAUUCUCUGGCCCAUUAAAAAAAAAUAUCGUAUAAGGGCCUACCCUCAGAGAUCCAGAUUCAGUAGGUUUAGAGUAGGGCCUGGCUUCCAUGCUGUGUUUUGUAUCCUCAGGGAUUCUAAUCUGGAGCUAGUGUUGAGAACCUUUAGUCUGGACCCUACUUGAAAUGUUAAAGAAUGGCCUAGCAAAUUAAAUUUUAAAAUUAUUAGUCAUGUGGAACAAACUGAGUGUUGACCCGUAAUACAGACUGGGUAGCUGUGAGGGAGUUUCAUGCUAAUGUUUGCAGAACCCAAGAAUGUGCUCCAUAAAGAAGCACAGCUGAAAUAAAGGUCCCAUUGGGACUUAGAGCAUGAGAGGGAGAGAAGGAUGACUUCAGUGCAUGUAUGAGGAGAGGAUUAAAAACCUGUCAUCUUUCCUUCCAUUUGUGGGAAAAUGGGGUUUUUAUCUUAACUGAGCUGCUGACUAAUCAAAUGUGAGGGUUUCUGAGAAGCUGUCUUUUCAUUUUAACCUGGGAUUAAAUUAAUAGUCCCCUUUGCAGUCAAGUGAACUUACUUUCUCUUCACAUUUCGCUUGUCCCCAUGCAUGAAUCCAUGCCGAACUCUUUAGAAUAAGGCUGAGUCUGUUUAUUGUCAGAGCAGAGGCCCCACAUUAAAUUGAAGGUUGUGAUCACUUUGCUGUCAUGCGUUGGUGGUGUUAGUAGCUGGUAAUUAGGGAUAUGCAAACUUUUGUGUAGUACCAACAGAGGGAAGAUACAAACUCCUGCAAUUCCUUUCAAUAUUCUUUUUGGGAACUACCAGGAGACCUGAACUUUCACUCCUGGAAAAGGAACUUUGGAAUUUAAAUAAGGCUUCAUUUCUUCCAAGGAAGCAAGUAUAGGAAAGGCAUAUGUGAUUAAAUGGACACUGACCAUUUAGGAUACUUAUUAGGGUUAUUGGACAAAUAAGCAUUGAUGCCUUGCAGCCAAAAACCACACUGUGAUAUCACGUUUCACCAAAUAAACAGCGAGGAGCUCUUUAGGCUGUGAUCUCUACACCUGAAAAUGUCCUCUGUGGUUUGGUUGACAAAUGAAAUUUUAGAAAACACCAAAAAAUGCUAUCUUAGCUAUCUAUGAACAUUUCAGUCUAAGACAAAGGAGUAACAGUUCCUUCCAAAAUAGAGGUCUGUUUCAUGUCCUUCCCCUACUGCCAUAUCUCUUCCUUUCUCUGCCCAUAGUUGAAGUUACUGUAAUCAUGUCCGAUAUUUAAUGUGAACAAUCAUUUCUAAAUGUAGAAACACCACUGAUAUACUUAGACAUUGGUGGCAGGGCAGCUGAGCAACUCAUCAGAGAGGAAAUCAUCUGCUUGGAAAUUUACCUUGGUACCCAUUGUGAGUUCUAAGAGGUCAAUCAGAAAGCUGAUUUUACCAUCUGUUGUCAAAUGUAAUCUGGAAUGAGUGUUGCUGUAAAGUUACCUUGCUGAUUCAAUAAAUGGACUUUUCAUUCCACCUCAGAAAUGGGAAACUCAACAAAUUUUGUGCCUGCCUUUGGUGUUGAUUCUGCAGAUGAGUUAGUGUAGGAGCUGGUUUGUCAGAAGUUUUAGACUGAUAUUAACUGAGUUCUGAUCUCUUCUGUUGUUUAUAAAGUGGGAAUCUGGCUUGCCAGUGUCAUUUGCUACAUUCUGACACAGUAAGUUGAAGGAGUCCAGUGGCCAAGAGUUAGAAUUUAGAAACAACCCAUUUGAAUGCUGCUUUCACACUGAUACCUUGGUACCUGAAAAGACCUUCCCCAUUUCUAAAACCUAAUAAAUACAAUGUACAGAUAAAUACUCUAGAAACCAAUGUGAGUGUCUAAACAGGAAAAUCAAAUAGGAUCUUUGACGAUCUUUUCAAAACAAGAUUUAGAAGUAAACCAUAUUUUCCAGUUUCAAUUUUCAUGAGUAAAAUUUUUAAAAAAUUAACAAACACAUCUUGUAUUGUUACCCAGUGCUAGCAGAAAUUGUAAAAAGAAAAACCAAAAUUUUUGAUGUAGGUUUUAUUUUUGUAAGCAGGGUAUACUAUAACCAUGGCCUACAUGGAACAAACACAUAGGCAGCUAGUUUUCUGCUACUUGAGCCUUGGAGAAGAUGAGAAGGAAGGUCUGCCUGUUCUGCUGCCUUUUGAAAAGGUCUGAAACAGACAUGAGAGCUUGGGAGAGGCCACUUUGUCAUUCUGAUAUCUGCUUUUUUAAAAGAGUUAAGAGAAUUGCCAGCUAUGAUGAUCAGCUAGACUCUUGGCCAGUGGAAAAUGAUCUGAGCCUGUAUAUGUUAGAGGAACUUAGAUAGAAACAGACAUGUAAAUAGCAUGAAGAACACUGCAUCUCUGUCUGAAGCACUUCAGAAAAGUUAAUAUCCCACAGCUACUGGGUGACUGUCUAACUACAUGGAUAUUCAGGGGCUGAGUUUUGUUGUGAUUAUUCCAGUUGUGGGCUUUGGAGAAAGAGAUGAAUGGUUUUUCAGCUGUGUGUUAAGUCUAUGGAUUUGGAAUUUAUCACUGAAAUCACUCAUUCAAAGUGUGACUUCAUAGUGGGGUCACUUCCUCCUAGGUUGUCUUUUUUUUUUUUUACAUAAAAUUCAUCUAGUACUUGUUACUUACGAGUUUUAUGUUUGUUAAAAUUAUUAAAUGGGAAGGCCACUGAUAUUCAUUUAAUAGCUGAAAAGCAAUUUUAAAAAUAGAAUAAAAUGAAUUUAACAUAGAUGAUGUGACCUCAUUUUAGAGAGAUUUCAUACCAUAAUUGAGGAGAAUUUUGUCUUCUACUUCUAUUCAACAGUGGCAAAUUGAUGGUUUUAUAAAAUUAACAUUAUAGUAUGUUAUACAAAAUAAUGUUAAAAUGUUUAACUGUGAAAAAGUGAAGACUUGGAAUUAUCAGCAAUCUUUAUAUGCAAUAAGGAAAACUGAAAUUAGACCCAAAGUGCUAUCUUCCCCUAGCAUCCUACUUAAUGUUUGCCUUUGUAUGUAUGUUUAGAUUGAUAUUGUAAAGCUAGCCACGUUUUCCUGCCUUCGCUGAUAUCUAACACAUUUUUCUCAAAGCUUUUUCUGUAUUUUUUUUACAAAAUGCAAAAUAAAAAGAUUAACUGGC